AGAACAAGGAGGCGCAGGACAGACUUGCCCAAACGAGAGAACCCCACUAUUUCGGUUGUCUAUACCUGAAUGCCGUACUUCCUGACUUUAGGGGUGUGGUGUUUAGAAUUAGCUUCGCUGAAAUAAACUAGCAAAGUAAUAAGAUAUCUAGCCUGUCGACCGCUCUACAAACUAAUUGUAGGCUUACGCAAUGUUCUUCUGAGAAAUAGACUUGUUUACAAGUCGACUCUUUAGUUGCACAGAGUGGCGGGGAUGCGGAAUGAAAAUGGGAAACAUUUUCGGCAGAAAGAGACGCACGCGAGUCACAGAGCAGGACAGAGCCGUUUUGCAACUGAAACAGCAGAGAGAUAAGUUGAAGCAGUACCAAAAGAGAAUCACUCUGCAGCUGGAAAAAGAGAGGAAUCUGGCCAAGCAGCUGCUGAAAGAUGGCAAGAAAGAGAAGGCCCUCCUCUUGCUCAAAAAGAAGAGAUACCAAGACCAGCUCCUCGACAAGACAGAAAACCAGAUUAGCAACCUGGAGCGCAUGUGUCAAGACAUUGAGUUUGCCCAGAUUGAGAUGAAAGUCAUUGAAGGCCUUAAAGUUGGAAACGAUUGCCUGAAGUCAUUGCAUGAGGCGAUGUCUAUCGAGGAUGUGGAGAGAAUUAUGGAUGAGACCCAAGAAGCCAUUGAAUACCAGAGGGAAAUAGAUGAGAUGCUGGCAGGUUCCCUGACACAGGAGGAUGAAGAUGCUAUACUGGCUGAACUGGAGGCCAUCACUCAGGGAGACCUUGACCUACCAGAGGUACCUGAUGAGUCCCUGCCUGAAGUCCCAGAGACAGCUGAGGAAGAACCAGAGCCAGGUCAAGAGAGACCGAGGAAGAAGCAAGAACGGGAGAUGUUGGCUGUCUAGAAACAUGUUUGUUUGCCAGGGGACUUGGUACGCCGGCCACUAUAUCCCCCUCGUAGGGGUCUCAUGCCCCAACCACCCCAAACACACAGCCACAGAAAUAUUAUCUUCACUCACUGGAAGCAGAAGCAUCUCUUCCAGUCCCUCACUGUCAAGACUGAUGCUCCUGGUGCCCUGCUAGUCCUUGGUCUUGUGAACCCCACUAUGGCUCUAUAGGGCUCCUCUGGACUCAACAACCCUAUCACUCCAACCACGGACAUGGACCUUAUUUUUCAGAUCAUUGCCUGCAGGUUCUUUCCUAUUCUUUUUAUGUUUAGGGCCUAUUUUGAUUUUUCCUAUUGCUUAAGUCCCUUGACAGGUGUGUUUUUUGUCUUCUGUGCACAAAUUGUGAUUAACGGACAAAUGAAUGCAUGUCACUUUAUUUAUUUCCCUUUCCCUUUGUGACGUACCAAGUCCCACAAGGCUUAUUAUCUGACCACAGAACAUAUCUUUGGGAGGAAUAGCCUACAUUCAUGUUUUAAAGUCAUGACUAUUUUCAGAAACCUAACCUGCCAAAUCUUUAU